CCGGAAACAGUCGGGGGACUUCCGGAGGCGGGUCCAGCGGCUGGAAGCGGGCCUGGCCUGGGCGUAGAACUUUCCCAGGAAAAAAAGGUGCAACACCUGAGGACAGCCACAGAAGAAUGGCCAGUGAGGCUCAAGAGCCACUCCUGGAUAGCUCCUGUUCUGUCCCUGCAGAAGAUAGCGAUUCAGAUAAUGGCACUGUGAGUAAACAUCGGGACUCUGAUAGAGAUCAGUGUGAGCCUAAGACGGUUGCCAAAGGUUUGGGUGCAGACACCGAAUGUUUGGAAAUGCCACCGCAGCCUGCUGAUUCGUGCCAGGCCACAGAAAUGACAGUGAAACUUGAAGAGGAGCCAAAGACUGAGGCAACCUUGGUGCCUCCUCCUGUGGAGGGAGCUGUCCCUGUUCCAGUGCCACCCUUGAGCGAAGGGAAAGGAUCAAAACGGAUGAUGGAGGAUGAUGCUGACACUUUUAAAGAAAUGCCUGAUGUCUGCCAGGAAGCUAGAGAGCCAGGAAGGGCUAUGCUGCUGCCCGACCUCUUUGGGGAAGCUCAGGAAGCACAUAGCAGUUCGGACGUCAGCCGGGCAGGAGGCUGCACAAAGGUGGAACAGGCUAUCCCAUGCCUGUCCAACAUGGUCUCAGAAAACCAGCGCAAACGCUUUCGGGGCUUUGCAUACAAAGAGACAGAAGGUCCCCAAGUGGCUUAUGAGCGGCUCCAGGAUUUGUUGUUUCAGUGGUUGAAGCCGGAGGCCCGCAGCAAAGAGGAAAUUGUUGAGCAGCUAGUCCUUGAGCAGUUCCUGAAUCUCCUCCCUGAGGACGUCCAGAAAUGGGUCCGGGAGCGUCACCCAGAAAAUGGGGAUGAGGCUGUCGCCCUGGCAGAAGACUACCAAUUUUUGCAUCCUGAGCCUGGACGGCAGCCCUAUCCAGAGAGGGCGAGGCAGCGGGCUUCAGCAAGGAGUUGGCUCCGCUGAAGUCUCAGGAACAGACAGGCAGGAAGGGCUGCUUCUGAGGAGACUCAAGGACCUAGUAAUCUACCAAGCUGAAGAAUUUUGGAGUCACAAGCCACACCUCAUCUUUACUGAGUACGCAAAUGUCUUUAAACCUUUCCCUACUGGGGAACCCCUCUCCCAGGGAAAGCCUAUGCCUUGUCUGAGUGUAUCAGGGUACAUCUGAGUGUCUGUAGGAGGAGAAAGACCGGUAAAACCAUGUUUGGUCCUUACUCCGCCCCAGGGCAUGCCUCUGUGCACUUUGCAGCACAGGGAUCAGUUGGGAUGAAGACAAAAAGACAUGUGGAAGGGGAAAGGCUGGAAUGGAUGUACUUGUGAGCCCUCUGAAGCAGUUCAGAAGAGAGGCAAUAAGAGAAAAACAACAACACACCACCUGACUCAGGUUGACCUGAUGUAUCUGAGCCAGCUUCGGCAUCGCCUCUACUGUGGAUUACAUUUCUCUCCUCCAACUCUCCAAAAGUUGCUUGGGUAAAUCCACUUUGUCCUACCCAUCUGCUAGCCGGCAAUACAGUAGUAGAGAAUAACAUCAAUGUUUUGCUUUUCCAUCCUUUCCUUCAAAGCACCGUCUUGCGUGUUGAAGAGGUUGAUCUCCUCUGCGUGCCUUUUCCGGGAGACUCGAUGCAGGCCACAGCUGAAACCUCCAGAGCAUCGAUUGAAUGCUGCUCCAGAACAUUUCAGGUGGAGAAGCAUCUCAGUGCAGAGGUGGUUCGGUAACGCUAGGCUCCUGCCUCAUGCUUACCGCUUCCCCUUGUCAGUUUGUCUGCUGUGGGCAUGUCAUUGCUAGCGAGAGCUUCCACAUCUUUGCAAGCCCCACAUGGCUGUGCGUCUUCUGAUGGGCUGUUACAGGCAUGCAUUGGUUAGAUCUUACGGAAGUUCCCCAAGGAGAUUUGCCAGGAGACUGGGCAGACCCAUCCAGAAAACCAGCACAAACGUUUUUUAGCAGCAGCCGCACCAUGAAAAAAUCAAUCUAGCAAUCUCCUCUUAGAGAUUCCAAAGGGGCUGAUUAUUUGCUAGAAAGACACUUAAUGUUCUGAUUGGCAGACCGACCUCCCCCUUGUGAGGUUUGUGUAACAUUGCCAAUGGCUUGGACAGGAUUUAAAGCCUGCCAUUCUGCUGUGCAAGUCAAAUUAAUCACACACCCCCGUGGACCAGCUGUGGAUUGCACGUCAUACACAUUGAACACAUCAGUCCAUCUUCUCUUUAGCAGCAAAUUGGAGGAAAUUAGUUAGGAAAGAAAGAGUCAUAGCUGCCUUUUCUCUUUUCUCCAGAUCACAUAUUAAUAUUACUGCACCAGAAUUCCUGUUUGUAGAAGAACUAAGUUUCUGAGUCUCUUUGCAGUCCCUAACACAAUGUAGCUUACAUUCUUGCCUUGUAAAAGAUGGCCAGAUUUUUAGCUGUGCUUUUAUUUGCAUAAACCAAUUGGGGUGAGGGUGUAUUUCUGGAUCAGUGCAUGGAAGAAAGAGUCCUUCCCACACAUUGACUGAAGAUACAGUACCAUCUAUUCAUAUUCUUCAAAGCUACCUUUCUGGACUUUUUGUAUCAGUCUUGCUAAAUUCAGAGAAAUUUGGUCGCUUCUCUCAAGGCCCUUAUAAUCCAGCGGUUGCUAGAUCCACUCACGUUUGAUUUCCUUUAACCGUUCCUCAGAAUACAACCUGUGCUUGAAGUCUUGGGCCAUAAGCGUCAGUGGCUGGGUUUGCACAACAUACAAAUCAAGGGACGUGACUUUUUCUCUGACCCAGCGGACUUGCUUGGUCUAUGAAUGGCAUACCGGGAUGCUGCUCUCCUGGAGCCGGGACAGAAACUCAGUUUGACUUAAAUUUCAUUUAUGUGAAACUUUAAUAAAAGCUAAAUAUAAAUACAA